UAUAUAUAAGAUUUUUUUUUCUUUCUUUCUCUCUUUACCUUUCUUUUUUUUUUUACUGACUAACUGUCAAAGGUUGAGCCUUGUCUUCCAUUUACCCUUUUUUUUUGACUCUUCCUUCUUAUUCAUAUUGUAUAUAUUCACGUAGCAUAAACAUUACAUAAAUAGUAUUUAAUCGCCAGGAUCAUCUAGAUCAUUUUUUUUUUUUUCCUCAUUUACAUUAGAUCUUUAUUUCUUCACUAAAUAUGUCUUUUUUAUUUGUUAAACAAGCAAUCAAGAAAGGAAGAGCUUCAAACUCUCUUCACCCUUAUGAACUUUCCAAGUUCUCAAGACGUUUAAUCCUUUCUUCUCGAUACAGUUCAGCAGCAACGGCUGUAGCUACUGAACGUCCACAACAUAUUAUUUUACCAAAUCCGGGCGUCAGUGCAUUCAAAAAGUCAACGCAAGUUCUUCCCUCUAGUAUCUCCGAACAAUUUGCAAUUUUGAAAGCAUGUAUCAUGUCACAAGAAAUGACACGUGCUGAACGUGUCAUGAUUGAACUCUAUCGAACAAGGCCUGAUGAAAUGAAGUUAUUUGCCGAUAUCAAUAUUUAUAAUUCCUUUUUGAACGGGUUUGUGGAGGCUAAGAAUAGGCCAAUGACAAAACAAUGUUUGACAUGGUUUGAUAAUAUGAAGAUGUAUGGCAUUACUGCUGAUCAUAACACAUAUGCUAUUAUUCUCAAAGGAUUUUUAAGGGCAAGAGGUUAUCAUACGGCUAGAGCAAUUCUUGCAGAAAUGACAAAUAAGGAAGGAAUAUCAGUAGAGGAUAUGUUAAAAUCAAAAUUCUUGGAAAAGAAGGAUAUUGUACUAUUUAGAGAGAUGAUUGAUGCUAGUCGAGAUACCGCAGACAUUGAUGUUGUUAAAUUACUGAGAAAUCUAGAAAAUGCUACGGAUGAGAUAUUAGGAAAAAAUAAAGAGUCGAUUAUGAAAGAGGCAUCCGAAACUUCGGACCAUAUCCAACAUGUUAUUGAAAAUGUACCUGAAGUGAGGUCUACAAAAUCAGUUGGUGUUCACUUUUUACAAGAACAAUUAGCUGCUCUUCGUGAUCCCAAUGCAGUUACCAAGAUGGACCCCUUCGAGCUUCAAUUAGGUUUAGAACAACAAGGAUACGAAAUGGCUUUACAACAAUUACUUCACACAAAAGAACAAAGUAUUGAGCGUGGUGAUACCUUGAAUGCUAUGAACUUGACGCCUCUCAAACGUAUUAUGUGGGACUGGCAUCAAAAAAUGGUUCCACUGAUUAAAGAAGAAAUUGAACGUUGUGAUGCUUCCACAAUACGUGAAACUGAACGUCAAUCAUAUGGUCCAUUUUUAAAGCUUUUACCUCCAGACACUUUAUCAAUGGUAACUAUUCUUGAACUAUUACGAUUGCAUAAUAGUUCAGGUAUUGGUGAUGGUAUGAAAACGGCUCGUGCUGUGAUCAAUGUCGGUAAAGCAGUCGAAAUGGAAUAUAAUGCUGUUCAAAUUAAGAAACGAUCAUCCAACCAUUCUGAAAAUACACAUGCCUUAUUUGCAAGUGGUAAAUUAUUUAAUUUAGCAGUUCGAAAGGUACAAUCAAAACUGGAACAAGAAAAAGUGACGGAUAUAGGUCAUGAUGGAAAGACGUUAAUGUCAGGAGAUUGGAAUCCCAUUUGGCCAAAUACAACUAGAGCCAAAUUAGGUAGUGUCUUGACUAGUCUUUUGCUAGAGUCAGCUAAAAUCCCUGUGCCUAGUAGGAACCCAGAGACUGGCGAAAAAAUAAUUGAACAUAUUCCAGCCUUUUUCCAUACUUAUCAAUACGUUCAUGGUAAACGAUUGGGUAUUAUCAAGUUUUCUGAUCAGUUAACCCAGAUGCUUUCACGAGAACCUGUGCGUGAUACGUUACAUCCUCGUUUGUUGCCCAUGUUAGUUCAUCCAAGACCAUGGUUGUCCUAUAAUAGUGGUGGAUAUCUUUCAACAAAAUCAAAUUGUAUGAGAAUUAAGGAUUCUACUGAACAGUUAAUGUACCUUCAGAGAGCUUCGGAAAAAGACCAUUUAACGAGGGUAUUGGCUGGUUUGGAUGUGUUAGGCUCAACUCGUUGGAGAGUAAAUAAAGAUGUCUUUAAAGUUGUGUUAGAGGUUUGGAACUCCGGCGAGGCUUUAGCUGGUAUUCCACCUGCCAUUACUGGAAGUACACCUUUACCUCCUAAACCAGAAAACUAUGAUACAGAUCCAAAGGCCAAGUUUAAUUGGGUAACACAAGUAAAGAAAAUUCAAACAACUGAUAGAAAUAAUCAUAGUUUAAGAUGUGAUGUAAAUUAUAAAGUUGAAACUGCUCGUGCUUUCUUGAAUCUUCCUAUGUAUUUCCCUCACAAUAUGGAUUUCCGUGGUCGCGCAUAUCCUAUGCCUCCUACAUUGAAUCAUUUAGGUAAUGAUUUAUGUCGUGGUUUACUUACCUUUGAUAAAGCCAAGCCUCUUGGACCUAAUGGUUGGAGAUGGCUCAAGAUUCACUUGGCUAACUUGUAUGGUUAUGAUAAGCAUGCUUUCUCUGAAAGAGAAACAUUUACAAUGGAUAAUAUAAAUGAUAUUCUAGAUUCUGUUGAUAAGCCUUUAACUGGUAAUCGAUGGUGGUUAAAAGCUGAUUCACCUUGGCAAUGUCUUGCUGCUUGUUAUGAAGUAGCAGCAGCCUAUCGUAGUGGUAAACCUGAAGAGUUUAAAUCCCAAUUACCCGUUCAUCAAGAUGGUACUUGUAAUGGGCUUCAACAUUAUGCUGCCUUAGGUGGUGAUUUAGCAGGUGCACGUGCUGUUAAUUUGUCUGCCGGUGAUCGACCAGCCGAUGUUUAUACAAGUGUUGCAGAUAUGGUCAAUGUACAAAUUGAUAAGGCAGCAGCUGAAGGUAAUGAAAUGGCCAUGAUACUUCAGGGUAAUAUUAGUCGUAAAGUCGUUAAACAAACAGUUAUGACGAACGUCUAUGGUGUUACUUUUAUUGGUGCUCGUAAUCAAAUUGAAAAUCGUUUGAGAGAAAACCCUAAAAUUCCUAAGGAAAAAACUUACAUCUUAUCUGCCUAUCUUGCAAAAGCUGUAUUUUCUUCUUUAGGUGAAAUGUUUACAGGUGCUCGUAAAAUUCAAGAUUGGUUAACUGAUUCAGCUAAACGAAUUGCUCGUAGUGUUCCUUUGGAAACUCUUCAGGAAGCUGGUGCUGUUCCUUUCGAUAAUCCAGAAGAUGAACAGAAACUAUCGUCGGAAUUAAUUGCGAACAAGCCCAAUAAAAGAGCCACUAAAAAGGGUAAAUCCGCAUUUUCGGCUCGUAAUCCACAAUCCAAUCAAAUGUCAUCUGUUAUUUGGACUACACCGCUUGGCUUACCUAUCGUUCAACCCUAUCGUCGUUCAGGUAAGAGACAAGUUGCAACUCUCUUACAGACAAUUUAUAUUGAGGAUCCUGAUGCCUCACGUCCUGUAAAUGCCACAAAACAAAGUACCGCUUUUCCUCCCAACUUUAUUCACUCAUUGGAUGCUACACAUAUGUUAAUGUCAGCUGUUGCUUGUCACAGGAAGGGUUUGACGUUUGCUUCAGUUCACGACAGUUAUUGGACACAUGCCUGUGAUGUAGAUGCCAUGAACGAGGUUAUUCGUGAUCAAUUUAUCGAGCUUCAUUCACAACCUAUUAUGGAAAAUUUACUAAACGAAUUCAAAGAACGAUAUCAAAAUUAUCGUGUACCUCAUAGUUCUGUAUUAACCGAAGAACAAGCAGAGGAACUUGAUGACGAUGACGAUGAUGAUGAUAUGAUAGGACACGCCUUGUUUGGCGAUCCAACUAAGUUAGAAAAUGGAUUGAAACGUGAAAAGAAGAAGGAUACAUUGAAGGCAAUCUUUGGACUUGCAUCAGAAGAUGAAGAUUUAGAAGAUGAAGAGGAUGAUGGAGAAAAGAAACCAGUAGUAAAGAAGAAAAAGAAAAAUGUAGGUCAAAGACAUAAGCAUACCUGGGAACCACUUACAUUUGCUCCUUUACCACCAAAAGGUGAAUUUGAUAUUAAUGAAGUUAAGAAAUCACCUUACUUUUUCCAUUAGACAUAUCUGCAUGUAUAUUAUUAUUAUUAUUAUAUAUUAUUAUUCCCUUUUUUUUUUUUUAUUUCCUACUAUCUAGAAAUAAAG